AUGUCAAGUACAAAUCCAACACUAUCGUACAUCGCUAAGCUUCAAUAUAUUUCGGGACAAUUAUCUCUAUAUAUGUCAAUUAUUAUCCUUGUUUUUGGCUUGAUUGGUAAUCUACUCAAUUGUUUGGUAUUUGCACAACGAUCACUUCGAUCAAAACCAUGUGUCGUUUAUUUUCUUGUGGCUAGCAUAUUAAAUUUAAUUAUUAUUUUCUCGGGUGUUGCACCACGUGCAUUUCAAAUUUUUUUUAUGAUCCCAGAUCAAACAGAAACAGUGUCUACAUUAUGUAAGCUGCGUCUAGUCGUUCUUUUCACAAUGCGUACUAUUUCAUCAUGGCUUUUAACUCUCGCUAGUGUGGAUCGUUAUUUAAUAUCAAGUUCUAAUGUCAAUCGACGUCGAAUGAGCAAUUUGAAGAAUGCUUAUAUUUCGAUUUUAAUUGUUAGUAUCAUUUCAGCUCUGGUAUGGGCUGAAGCAGGCUACUGUUUUGAUGCUAAUUUGGUUGGCACACCUCAAAAAUGUUAUGCUAAAUCUAAUGCAUGUCGUGUUUAUAAUGACCUUGCACAAUCACUUAUUACAACCAUCAUUCCAUCGGCAAUCAUUCUUAUUAUUGGCUUAUUAACUAUAAACAAUGUUCGACAAGUCCAAAGAAUAGGACCUUCUUCAAUUAGUAUGACUAAUAAUAAGAAUACUCAACGAAAUAGAAAAGACGAAAGAAGUUUAACUAUAAUGUUAUUUGCACAAGUUAUUCUUUUAACUAUAUUUACUUUACCACAAGCAGGACAAAAAUUUUAUCUGACCUAUACAUUUUAUCAAACGAAAUCAUCAAUUCAAAGAGCCCUCGAAACUCUAGCCGACUCAAAGCCGGCAACAAACAACGAUAGUACUGAUACGACUGUAGUAGUGGCUGGUACACUACAAAGAUCAGGAUGGGGUGCUCUAGUAUCAUCUACAACUGAACCAUCUGUGAUACCAAAACCAACACGAGCUUCACCAUCUGGAACUGAACGAUCUUGCAGUGCAUUCCCGACAUUGAAUGAGUCAAUGCGAAAUUUGUCUAUCGAUGCAGCAUCGGCCUUGGCAAAAGAUUCUCGUUCUCAAAGUGUUCGUCCAGUGAUACGUCGUCGAAUAUUAUGCUCAGCAGUACCUGAAUCAGCCGAAUUGACACCAAUUCGUCGGCCUGAUGAAGGUGGUUCAAAAGGUCAAAAAAUAUCUGUAUAUACCAAUCAUUUUCGUGUACAAAUCCCUGACGCUAUCAUUUAUCAAUAUGAUAUCGAGAUUGUUAUGAUUGGUCGUGAUGGUAAAGCGCGUCUAACACGAAAAGAUGAUCGUUGGGAAGUGAUCCAAACAUUCGUUAAACAAAGAAACAAUUUUCCUACAAUCUGGUAUGAUGAAGGAAAAACGUUAUAUAGUCGAGAAAUACUACCUGAUUUAAAAUUACCUAUUCAGAUUGAAAUAGGAAAAGAUGAUGAGAAGAAAACCUUUCAAUUGAAAAAAUUAGUUCUUGUUCGACAAGAUAAAAUUCAAAAUAUUCAUGAUUUUAUUGAAAAGAAAAUAAAUAUGCGACCACGUGAAGCAGUUCGAAUCAUUGAAAUACUUUUCAAGCAACGUGCUCGAAAUGAUCUAAUCGCUAUUCGAAAUCAAUUCUAUGACCGACGUCGACAGCUGGAUGAUCUUGGUGAUGGUCGUGGAAUGGCAAGAGGUUUUUAUCAAGCUUUGUUUCUCACGCAAAUGGGACCAACACUAAAUAUCAAUUUGACAUUUACAUGUUUUUUUAUGCCAUUAAAUUUUGUUGAUUUUGCUUGCAAAUAUUUGCGCAAAGAUAUUACGAAAGGUUUAAAUGAAAAUGAUUUAAAAGUAUUUGAAAAAAUCGUUCGCAAUUUAUCCAUUGAAACAAUGCAUACCGGUCGGAGAAUUUUCUAUCGAAUACGUGGUUUUGGUCGUCCUGCUAAUCGACUUAUGUUUCGUCGCGGUGGAGAUGAUGGUCAAACGGCAAGUGCUGUUGAUAUCAAAGAAACGAGUGUUGCAGAUUAUUUUGCUGAAAAAUAUAGAAAACUUAUGUAUCCUUAUUUACCUUGCAUUAAUGCGAUGAAAGGAGCUGAAAACAAACCAAAUUGGUUACCUAUGGAAUUUGUCAGAAUAGUCGAAUGGCAACGUGCAUUAAAACCAUUAGACAAACAACAACGAGGUGUUGUUUCGAGAAAUACGAUCAUUAAACCAGAACAACGUUACAAUGAAAUAAUGAAAAUCGUACGUAACAAUCAGUUUGAUAGAGAUCCUUAUCUCAAAGAACUAAAUAUUCAUGUUGACGAUAAAGAAAUGCUUGAAAUCAAAGCACGUGUACUCGCGCCUCCAAAAAUCAGAUAUCGCAGUCGUGGUCAAGGUGAAGUUAUUGAAUCCGUUAAUUGUGGCAAAUGGCGAAUUCAAAAUUGGUUUUAUACAACAUCAAAAAUCAAUUCAUGGGGAAUGAUUUAUUUUGGCGAUACACCUAACAGUCGUAUUGAGGACACGCUUAGCGAAUUUCAAAAUCGAUUACCAGAUCUACUUAGACGCAGUGGUUUCGUAAUUAAUACCGAAUUAUUACUGACAAUAAAGAGUUCAUUGGACAAUGAAAUUUACAAUACAUUACUUGAUGCUAGUAGACAACGUUGGCAAUUGGCUAUUAUUAUUAUUAAUAGUCGUAAUUCAGAGAUUGUCUAUAAUCUUGUUAAAAAAUAUGCCAAUACAAAGAUUGGCUUGAUGACUCAAUGUGUUAAUUUUCAAGCUUUGGAACGAAACAUGAGCAAACUUGAAAUGUACGUUGAAAAUAUAAGUCAAAAAAUUAAUGGAAAAUUAGGUAAUAUCAAUGGUGUCAUCAAUAUUAAAUCAGCUCUUAGUCGUUCUUCAAGAGAAGAUCUUUUUAUGUUUUUUGGAGCUGAUGUAACUCACUCAACUUGUUCAAGUGAUUAUCCAUCAAUAGCAGCUGUUGUUGGUUCUCGAGAUUUAACAAACAAUCUAUAUGCUGCUCGAGUUUGUGAACAAUAUCCAAAAAAGGGUCGUUGUUCACUUGAAAUUAUAAAAGAGUUAGAUACGAUGGUUAUUGAUUUACUUCGAGUAUUUGCUAAUUCAUGUGGUGAUCGUCUUCCAAAUAAAAUUAUUUUCUAUCGAGAUGGUGUAGAUGAAGGACAAUACCAGAAAGUACUCGAUAAUGAAGUUAAUAAAAUUAAAAAUGCAUGUCGCAUUGUCUAUGGUAACAAACCCUUACCGCAAUUAGCAUUCAUUGUUGUGAAAAAACGUCAUAACACACGUUUCUUUCUAUAUGAUGGUAAUGAAACAAUGAAUGUUCAGGCGGGCACCGUUAUCGAUCAGAGUAUAAUACAUCCAUCACAGUUUGAUUUUUACUUAUGUUCACAAGCUGCAAUAAUGGGUACAUCACGACCAGCUUUGUAUCAUGUUCUUCAUGAUGAUAUUGGAUUCAGCAGUGAUGAUAUUCAACAACUUACCUACUGGCUAUGUCAUACAGAUAUGCGUUGUACUAAAUCAGUUUCAAUACCAGCUCCUGUUCAUUAUGCUCAUUUAGCAGCUUAUGCAUCACGAGCACUUAAAUAUGGCGAAGAUCAGGAUAGAGAAAGUGUUGAUGAAAAUAAUGAAGAACCUGAAACUUAUUCACUUGAUGAUAUCAAGACAAAAGUAAUGGUACUGGAUGAAAAAAUCACCGAUGAUAUGUGGUUCAUAUAG